AUCAUCUUCAGACACCUAUGUUUCUAUGCACAGAAUAUGCCUAGACUCCUUGACGACCCAUUGCUGAUCAUCGCAUUUUACCUUCUUUUAGCGUGGUUCUCCCAGCUGGUGCAGUAUCCGGGAGUGCAGGUUGAUGUAGGACAUGUUAACAUCUAGACGCCGGCCUAUGCAUCACAUCAGUGAUGACCAUCGUACCUGAUUACCGGCGGACUUUAUUUUUCGAAUUCAGACAUGGAGAAACCUCUUCCUCUACCGAAAAUUAGCAUAAACGGAACUGAUGCAGACAGCAACGACGUUCCGGAGGAUCUGCAUCGCCAGCAGUCACUGGACACCGCGUACGAUGCUGCGUAUUCAAAAAUCGAACUGUCCAAGACGCAAAAGAAGGUUGACAAGCUCAUGGACACCAUUGAUCUGUCUGGAAUUUCGACAUCCUACGCGUCUUUCAACACUUGGUAUACAGCAAACGAAUCAGCGAUCGAGUCGGCAGCUACAGCAAUUGGUUCGCUUUCAUUGGACACAAAAUCGAUUGAUAGCACGUUAAACUCCUUUGCCGAGACCUCUGAAGUAGUGAUGAAGGGUUUGGAUGCUCUUGGACAAUUGCAUCCGUUCGUAGGCGUGGCCGUCCUCGCUUUCAAAUUGGUUAUUACUCUUGAUAUGACGCGCCGAGGCAACAACAAAAAGGUUCUUGCUGUAAAGCUUCAAAUGCAGGACACGAUGAUCGUGCUAUUUCAACUUCGUCAUAUAAAGGACCCUAAAGAAGUUGGGCGCGACGGCACCACGAUCGAAGAUCGGAUGGGUUCCUUGAUGGAAGCAAUCGCAAAAGACAUCCGAGAAACUGGCUCUGCCUGCGACCAUUACCUGAAGAAGGGAUUUCUUGCCAAGACAAUGAAGUCCAAGAUUUAUGAAACUCGUCUGGCCGGUUAUGCCGCUAAAUUUACUAAAUAUCGCGAGGACAUUGAUUACGCCUUACAGAUCCAUACAGCACUGGGAGUUGAAUCUGCUAAUGCGAAGCUGGAUGUUCAGGACAAGACACUCAAGUCCAUGGAUCGAAAGCUUGACCAGACAGUGCAGACAAUGGAGGCUAUGAUGAUGUCGGUGUUCAGGAAGUUGGACACGGCCCGGGAGCGAGACAUUCAGGCGUUCAUCAAAGAGAAGGGGGGAGUCAAGGCGUGCAUAGACAACGAGCAACUCCUGCACGAGCUUAUUGACAAAAGUGGGGAGGGCAUCGCAGGCGUAUUUGGGCCUCAGUCAGGGACGGGAGAAUCAUGGUCUGCGGCGAAAGCCAAGGUCCAGAAAGAGAUGCUGAAAGAAUGGUCCGAAGACGUCGAGCAGGCCUUACAACGGAACAUCGUCCACUUUGAGAAGAAGCUUGUAAUCCAGCACCGACAACUAGCGUCGAUUUUCAAAGAUUCAUUGAAAAGCACUGAGUCUCAUAUCCUUAGUGCCAUGGCCUCUGGAGCUCAUGACAGAGUCAUUAAUGAAGACUUGAAGGAGCUUUGGAAAGAUAUGGCCUGGAGGGGUAGCGUCAAGGCCAAGCACCUCAUCCUUGCCCUCCAUGACUAUUUUAUUGAUAAGCUCGGCGCUUUGAGUGCCUCGCCUAUGAUGUCACCCGGCGCCUCCGAAGCUGGAAGCCCCAUAUUCUCACCAAUAAGCGCUGUAAACGACGACUUUUUCUAUCUCAAAUGCAAGAAUGAUCGCUGGGCUCUGAUGUACUUCAAUGUUUCCCAUGUUCAGCCCAUCAUCGAAGCCGUGGAUGAUGACGCGACAGGAUUUAUCACCACCAAAGAGAUUAAUACUUUCACAAAGUCUAUGCCACCGGGUUGGACACUCCCCCAAUGGAUCGCGUACUGGGCCGGAGGCUGGCACGUCAGUGUGGAUCGAUAUAAAAAGAAGAUUCAUAUGAUUCUCUCUACAAUGUACAAAACAUUUCCCCAUGUGUUGCCGGUCAAUCGUGAAGCGGUGGCCACGUAUCUCCAGUAUGGUCCUAUCUAUCUGGUCGAUAGGCUCCUUCGGUCUACUCGGGACGUAUCUCCUAACGCCUUGGAAAGCAGUGAAUUGCGAAGACUCACUAAGGCGUACACUGAGAGCGAGGAAGCGCGUCUGAUGCGUAACCUCGCAGAUGUCCUAUACGAAAUCGAUGCAAAAUCCACCGUGUUUCUGAUAACGGGACCUGGGCGUAUUGAACGUUACAUUUAUCCCAUGCUAUAUCUUCUUCUCAGGCAUCACCUAAGGAUAGUCCGUCUAUCCACCAGAUUCGUUCUAGACCAAUAUGAAAUGCAGAACAUGUCUGCAUCCUUGUGGAACUUGUUCUCGGUAUUCGAGCAUCGAAUGCAAAAUGUGGCAUCGAUCUUCAAGCAGAGUAAUGUCGACGUAGUUGAAAAGCUUGAGAACUUUGCUUUUGGCAUGUUCAAAUUGUCGUACAAUAAUCCCGAAAGGCGACCAUCCGAGAGUUCUAUUUCCGACUAUGUCAAUGAAGAUCCGACCAUUGAUGAAGAAGGCACCGAGUCUAUUACGGACAUCCCUCUCAGCAUUCUACGAUAUCCUCUUCCCGACACCUCUGGAUCUGAUAUGUACAACCUUCCCUCUGAUUUCACCGAGGAAGCUCCUGAAGACCCAAUACAAGGACAAUGGACGGGUCAUCUGUACUAUGAACAUAAAUCGGAUAUUUGCCUGGUACAGCUCCUCAUCGAUUCCGUGAUCGAUGGUGCUUUGACUGGGAGAGCGGUGACAUGGAAGUGGUCUAUGAAUAUCUCAGGGGACAUUAAGGAGGAUAACAAGGUGUACAUCCGUCUCGCUUUCGAUGAUGGUGACUUUGUGGACCUUACCGGGGAACUUGAUACUGAAAAGGGCAUAAUCAAGGGGUGGUGCAAAUACUUAGGUGCCACCGGAAAUGAAGAAGAACAUGACUCAGAUGAGCAGUCGCCCGAUGAUGAGGGUGGUGGCGACCAAGGUGACGACAACGGUGACCAAGGAGGCGCCGAAGAGAAUAAGGAUGGGGAUGCCGUGUCCCAGGGGGGUGACCAGGCAGCUUCCGAAGAAGGUACAGGCCGAGUGGACAGUUCGACCCCCCAGAACGAUGAAACCGCUGCGGCUGAAGAAAGCCACAGCGGCGCGGCUGACCCCGAGUCUAAUGAGGCUGACGUUGACAAUCAUGCUUCACAAGCAUCCGAUGGCUCAGGAUCUACCGAUCCAGAGUCAGAGAAUUAUUAUUACAAGUUUAUUUUGCGUCGAACCCCUGCUUCCUUAUGCAGAUUCCUUCCCGGCGAUGAGCGAGUUUUCCCAGUAGCUAACGAGGAUGCGGGGAGUCGUGCUCGCGCGCGAUGGAGGUUUGCUUGCACGUCUGUGCUGGACCGAAUGCGGAGGAAGUCCUUUUCCUGGAAGUUCUUGAAGGACAGGUUCGCUGAAAGACGCCGCUUCCUGGAACUGGCCGUCAGAGAACAAUGUGUGAAGGACAAUCUUUGCCCACGUAGCCCUUUGUCUGAGGAGGAGGAGGAAGAACUGUAUCGUUUGAAGUGCAUCCUUUGUCCGAUGGAUAUUCGGUAUUACUAUUCUUUUGCCGCUGAUGAGAUAACCCGGCGCAAAUUUAUUGGUUACGGUUGCGAUUCAUGUCAUGGUUCGAUUUUAGGGAGUAGGCUGGCCUGCCUCACCUGUAUGAACGACUCAUUCACGGACACGAUUGACUUAUGCACGAGUUGUAUUGAUACAAGCUGCGAACGCGGUGGAUUUGUUCACGACCCGUCCCAUGAUCUGCUCAAGUUCGAUAGUGUCGUCCUGGAUGGUCGUCUGCGGUGGAUGAUUCCUGAAGCCCGUUCUAUGGUAGUCCGCAUCAAAGGGGAGUUCCGAUCUUCCCUCAAGAACCGUGUCGAGCCCGUGGAGAAGAGUAGCUCCUCCCACGGUAGCCAGUCGAAGAAGGAAGCGCUAACUCCAGCCGCACCCCCAAAAUGUCGGUGCUGUGGGAAAGUUGUAUCCAUACCUUGUUGGGUAUGUUUGAUCUGCACCAUCGAUGCGUAUGUUUGCGACGAGUGCGAUGCGAAGAAGAAGGAACCCAUGCCAGGUGAUCCCCACGAGCUCGGGGAGCCCCUUCUACGAAUCGCCGAUUGCAAUCCUCCCGUGGAGGUUGUCGCGACCGAGGUGAAGCUGGCAGCUCUCGAGAAGAAGUUCGACAAAGUUGAUCAACGGCUAGCGGCACUUGAAGACAGAGUCGAGAGCCGAUUAUCCUUAAUGGAAACGAUGUUGAAGGAAUACUUCAGCAGUUCAACCCACGGAAAUGUUUCGAAGGGCAGCGAUGAUGGAUGCGUUUUGGCUGCAGGAGCCGAGUCAUAGUGUUCAUUGCUGUAAAUGGAUGUACACAGAUGCAACGGGUGCCGGCACGGGGGUUUCCUUAUGCCAGUAGUCAUAACGUACGAUGUCUAAGUGCGCAUGGGAUUCUGAUAGGGCAAUCAGCGUCGUUGUCGGCCUGGGAUGGUGAUGUUGGGAAGUUCCGACCUCAAGUCGUCGGCGGAGACCUGUAGCAUAACCGUCAAUUAAGUACACAGCUACGUUCGUGAUGAUAUCAGAUACCUAUUGAUAGGAUGAUAGUGAGAAU